AAUCUCGACGCGGGAAAUCUUGAGCCACGACCGCGAAAAAAAUUUUACCUCCGCGGAAAAAUAAUAUUCAGCACAGAAAAAUUUCGCUGCCGUAAUUUUUUGUAAUUUCUUCGCAAACUAAGCUCAUUUUAAAAAUAUUUUGUUUUUAAAGAGAUACAUUGUGUAAGAACAAGUUGUAGUUAUGAGUGCAAUAAAUAAUGGCUAUGAGCUACAGGAGGAAAUGAGAGAAAAUUUAUUACUUGCAGAAAGCAAAAAAGAUCUAGGAAAUGAAGAGUACAAAUUUAAAAAUUACACAACUGCCAUCAAGUACUAUUCAGAUGCAAUUACCCUAUGUCCUAAUGUACCAGCAUUCUACGGUAAUCGCUCAGCAUGCUACAUGAUGCUAGGUGAUUACAAGCAGGCCCAAAAUGAUGCUAAAAGCGCCGUUGACUUGGAUCCAUCUUUUGAAAAUGGUUUCAUUCGCAUUGCUAAAUGUAGCUUAAUGCUAGGAGAUCUUGUAGGAUUGGAACAGGCUGCAAAAUCUCUUCUUAAUCUCAAUCCAAAGAGCACAGCUCUCAAUAUUGAAAUUCAGAGUAUGCUGCAAUUGCGUGACUUAGAAAGUAAGAGCGUAAUAUCUUAUGACAAAAGAGACUUCCGUACGACGAUAUAUCAUAUGGACAGUGCUCUAAAGAUUGCACCAUCGUGCCACAGGUACAUGCUGAUGAAAGCUGAAAGUCUAGCUUUGCUAGGACACCUCGAGGAGGCAAGUGGCAUAGCCCUGAAAGUAAUGAAAUUAGACAAAAAAUCAGCAGAAGGUGCAUUCAUACGAGGUCUCUGCCUCUACUACAUGGGAAAUCUUGAGAAAUGCAUCAUACUCUUCCAUCAAACCCUUUCCCACAAUCCUGAUCAUCAAAAAGGUAAAAUGUACCGCAUGACUGCAUUAAAUCUCAAAUCUUGCAAAGAUUGUGGCGAUGAACUACUCAAAGCUGGGCGACUCGAAGACGCCUAUGCUGCAUACUCAAAAGCUCUUCAGAUCGACAUGUCCAAUAAUAAUGUUAAUAGCAAACUCUACUACAGCAGAGCACUUGCAGCUUAUGAUUUGAAGCUCAAAAGGGACUGUGCUCGGGAAUGUAGUUCAGCAUUGAGUAUUAAAGAUGACUAUGUGGAAGCUCUUCUUCUGCGUGCCAAAUCGUACUUUGAUUUGGAAGAAUUUGAGGAAUCCAUAAAAGAUUAUGAGAAUGCAUACAAAUUCGACAAGACAUCCCAAACAAAAACUCUCUUGCGUGAAGCAAAAAUGGCCCUACAGAAACCCAAAACAAAUUGCUAUUACAAAACUCUUGGGAUUAGUAGAAAUGCCACAGAUGAUGAAAUUAAGACAGCCUAUCGAAAACGUGCCCUAAUUCACCAUCCUGAUCGACAUAUUCUCCUAAUGGACGAUGAGAAACAAGAACAGGCUAAGAAAUUCAUUGAAGUCGGCCAGGCAUACACGGUACUAUCGGAUCCUCAGAAAAAAGCAAGAUAUGACAAUGGACAGGAUCUUGGGAAGUGUGAGACCAAUUUUGAUGCUACCGAAGCUUUUCAUAGAUUUUUCUUCUCUGAAAAUGAAGGAUCACUUCAGAAAGAUUUUUGUACAUAGCAUAAGAAGAAUGAGAAGUUCAGUUCGAAGAAGAAAUGAGAAUAAAAAUUGAAUAUCUGGGCUCUGUUAGCCUAGAAUGAUCAUGAUCAUCAUAGAAGAUCUCUCAUCAUUCGUAAACUUUAUGAAUAAUCCCGCAAAAGGACAAUUUUAUAGAGGAAAUAGUAAUAUUUUAUUCAUUUUAUUGAAAAUUGCAAAAAUUUGGAUAGAGAAUUUGACUUAAAGAAGAGCAAAAUCUAUCAAAUAUUGGGAAAAGGCAACAAUUCGUCGUUCUGUGUCAUUAAUCAGAUUAAAAUAAUACUUUUUAACAAAAGUUUAAAAGCAUGAAAAUAUUAGUUUUAAAAAAAAUUAACAGACAUUAUAUUUUAGUCUGAAAUAAUGGCCCUUACCAUUAUUUACAUCGUGAACGUCCCUUAUUACUUUAGAUUUUAUGUACUGAAGAAGUCGAAGAAGUAAUAAUAGAUCAACGACUUUUUGUAUGAUGAAACGUCA